AUGGCAGACCUGGCAUACAUACAAGCCCCUUGCGCAGUGGCAGGGACGAUAGGAGCAGAAGCAUCCCGCGAAUGUGUGUCGAAUGUCCGACGCCCAAUGGCACGGCAGCGAUUCACCAAAAGUUUUGAAUAUUUUCAGAUGAGGAAGUUCAUCAUCGACAUGGUGAUCUCCACCGACAUGGCCCUGCACUUCGGCCUCAUGGCCAAGUCGCGGAGCACUCGGGACGUGUUCCCGGAUAUCCGUGAUUGGGAGGACGUCAGUCUCAUCCUGCAGCUCAUGCUCCAUCUGGCAGACAUCUCCAAUCCCGCGCGGCCCUUCCCCAGGGCGUUUGCGUGGGCGGAGAUGGUGGUCGCUGAGUUUCUGCGGCAGGGAGACGAGGAGCGCAGGCUUGGCAUGCCGGUCACCUCCUUCUGCGAUAGGCGACUAGUGAAGAUGCCCCAAAGCCAGCUUGGGUUCAUCCGGACAUACUUGCAGGUAACGCUUGAGGAGUCUUUGCAGCAAAAGCGCAAAAUCUACUCGCUGUGA